CGCUGCAUGGAGAGGCUGAGGAACAGCCGGGCGAAGCUGCUGGACCGGCACCGCCAGGCCGGGGAGAGAGCGCGCGGCCAGGCCGUGGGCGCGCUGCUGGUGCAGGAGGUGAUGGAGCAG